AUGGCGCAGUACAAGGGCACCAUGCGGGAGGCUGGCCGGGCCAUGCACCUCAUCAAGAAGCGAGAGAAGCAGAAGGAGCAGAUGGAGGUGCUGAAGCAGCGCAUUGCGGAGGAGACCAUCAUGAAGUCUAAGGUGGACAAGAAGUUCUCAGCUCACUACGACGCCGUGGAGGCCGAGCUCAAGUCCAGCACGGUGGGCCUGGUGACCCUGAACGACAUGAAGGCCAAGCAGGAGGCCCUGCUGAAGGAGCGGGAGAUGCAACUGGCCAAGAAGGAACAGCUGGAGGAGCGGCGGCUGCAGCUGGAGAUGCUGCGCGAGAAGGAGCGCAGGCGCGAGCGCAAGCGCAAGAUCUCCAACCUUUCCUUCACGCUGGACGAUGGCGAGGACGAGGAUGGCGACGGCGGUGACCAUGACCAAGACCAGGACGGCGCAGCCCUGGCCAGCAAGAGCAAGAAGAACCUGGGCAAGGAUCCCGACGUGGACACGAGCUUCCUGCCUGACCGCGACCGUGAGGAGGAGGAGAACCGGCUGCGGGAGGAGCUGCGCAAGGAGUGGGAGGCCAAGCGUGAGAAGGUGAAGAGCGAGGAGAUGGAGAUCACCUUCAGCUACUGGGAUGGCUCUGGCCACCGGCGCACGGUGCGCAUGCGCAAAGGCAGCACGGUACAGCAGUUCCUGAAGAAGGCCUUGCAGGGGUUACGCAAGGACUUCCGAGAGCUGCGGGCCGCAGGAGUGGAGCAGCUCAUGUACAUCAAGGAGGAUCUCAUCCUUCCCCACUACCACACCUUCUACCACUUCAUCAUCACCAAGGCCCGGGGCAAGAGUGGCCCGCUCUUCAACUUCGACGUGCACGACGACGUGCGGCUGCUCAGCGAUGCCACCAUGGAGAAGGACGAGUCGCACGCAGGCAAGGUGGUACUGCGGAGCUGGUACGAAAAGAACAAGCACAUCUUUCCCGCCAGCCGCUGGGAGCCCUACGACCCCGAGAAGAAGUGGGACAAGUACACCAUCCGGUGAUGCGCCUGCCACUGGAUGCUGCCCCCUGCCAGGAGGGAAAAUGCGCAG